CUCACCUGUUGCGUUUGAUAGUGUACGCGCCCACAAAUUGUUUUGCCUUGCUCGUGAGAAACGCGAAAGUGACAAAUUAACGUAAUCUGUUAUGUGUUGCUAGUGUGACGUAUUCUUUGAGAGUGUACCUCGUUAAAGCUGUCGAAUUCUCGUUUCACGCGCGUGUGCUUUACUUCGUGCGUGACUUAACCUAGAAUUUCAUGGCCCGGCAGUAUUUCUAUGUUGGAAGUGAGAUCGAUGAUUGUUCGUAAAGUACAAUGAUUUUAACAUCGUCAUUGUUAAGCUGAUAUGUCCGAUUUCCCAGUGUAAAGUACUUAAGAAUGGAAGAUUAUCUUUCUGCUGAACUCACAGCCACUUGCGCUGUGCUUGGAUAUUUCGACGGAACUAACUACCAUUUAGACAAGUAUUGUUUAGAUGUUAUAAAAGAUCUGAUCAGAUAUCUUAAGAGAGAUGACGAUACUCAUACUAUUAGACGUUUCCUUGGUCGAUCAAAGUUACUUCAGAAAGAUCUUGUAAAAAUUCUUAUACAUCAUGUCAGUAAUACUGAACUUUGGGAUGUAUUAUUACGAUUAAUUAUUAAUCUAACAAGUCCUGCGUUUGUAAUCUUCAAUGAACAAAUACCGACCGAGAAAACAAUGUAUAAUUUCUAUCAACAAAUUAUUUCAUACUUGCAUGAAUAUAAAGCAGCGUUAACUGAUGAUAGUGUAUGGUCAGUAGUAGCUACUCGUUUAGGAAAUCUACUUAAUAUUGAUAAUACAGAAAGAGAUGAGGAAAAUGAGAUGACAAUUGAGAGGAUACUUAUUUUAAUUAGAAAUGUAUUGCAAGUGCCAUCUUUUGAUAAUGAUAAAAGAACCGGAAAUGAUGCUACUGUUCAUGAUGAAAUAUUAUUUGCGUAUCAUACAUCAGGUAUUGUGGAUAUAUUGUUGUUCAUUGUCAGUAACAAGAAAGAGCAGCAGUAUCACAUGCAAAUCUUAGAGAUUAUAUCUCUGAUGUUGCGUGAGCAAAAUGCAAGACAGUUAGCUGCAUCUGAGUUGCAACGUAGCACCGCUGAAAAAGAGAACGAUGAGGCUACACUUGUAGCUUUGCUGGAAAAGGAACAGAACGAAAAGACGAACAAGAUGAAAAAAUAUGCCGGAUCCAGACACUCACAAUUUGGCGGUACUUACGUUGUGCAAAAUAUGAAAGCCAUCGGAGAAAAUCAAAUGAUAUGCCACAAACCAUAUCAGAAGAUUGAAGCCUUGGAAUUUGGUCACAACAAGAAAAGGGUAAAGAAACGCAAGGACAAAAUAGGCCCGCAGGAAACUAAAGAAGAACGUAUGUCUGUUCUUAGCGUGCGACUUUUCCUCAAAGAAUUUUGUGUAGAGUUCCUAAGUGGGGCUUACAAUCCCGUGAUGAAAUUCGGCAGGUCUUGCAUCAUCAAUGGCGACGUACCUGACACUGUUUCUUAUCUGUGGGCCUUGCGUUUCUUCAUGGAGUUCAAUCGCCAUUAUAAGUUCGAAGUGAAAUAUGUGAGCGAAACUAUAUCCACGGAAAUAUUCCAUUUAGUACAAAGACAAAUAGACCAAUAUUAUGAGAUGAUUCUUACUGACAAAAAGAGAAUACCAAUUUGGUCUCGUAGAUUGCACAUAGCAUUGAAAGCGUAUCAAGAACUUCUUAACACUUUAAUGGCAAUGGAUAAGAGUACGUUUUACGGUGUUAGAGAGUCCAGCAAAAUAAUUAAAAGCAACAUUUUUUAUGUUCCGGAAUAUCGUGAAACGAUAUUUUUGCAGUUUUUAUACUAUGACGAGAAUAAGAUGUCACGACUCUACUUGGUGGAUCUUGUGACUACUGUUCACAUAUUUCUGAAAAUGCUGGAACAUUUCUGCGAGAAGGAGCAACGUCAUUUAAUAGUUCAAAAAGUGAAGCUCAAGAGGCAGAAGGUCAAAAAACAAAAAAAGCCUGCCCCCAAAGAUACAACUCCAACUGUUACUUUGGAAGAACGUUGGGACACAAUUGGUCCCGAAAUAACCGUUGUAAUGCAAGGUGGCGCCAUACCGGAAGUGAUACCGUUUGAUGCAACUUUAGAAACGCCUAUAGAUGAUCAGAAAGAGGACGCAAUGAAGAGAAUUCAGAAAUUAAUGCGGCAGAAGAACCUGGAACAGGCAGUUGGUCUUCUACGUGCGGCAAGAGAAAUCUGGCCUGAGAAUGACUGCUUUGGUAGAGCAAACAUACCUCCCGAGGAAGAGUUUCUGGCUCUGCGUGAGAUCUUCUUUACAGAUCUGGGCGUAGUAGAAGAUCAGCCGGUCGCUGAAGGAACAAUAAACGAGGACGAAGAUAUCGAGAAUUCCGUAAAUCACGAAGUCGAGAACGAAGAGGACGACGAAGAGGAGGAAGGGGAAACUGUUUUCCAGGAGACCGAUUUUAAAUUGGACGAAUUUGUUCAAAGAUUCGCCAACGUGAAAGUUGUCAAAGCUUUAACGCUGCUACUACAACAAUUCGAGGUCAAUACGAUCGAAGUGAACCACUAUGUAACCAAAAUGCUAUAUCGAAUCGCUUGGAUUUGCAAAAUGCCGGCUAUGAUAUUCCAAGCGUCCAUCUUUAGGGUUUUUCAAAGAAUCCUCGAAUCGAAGAAUCCAGUACACAAGGAGCUGCAAAAGUUCGCGGUCUUCAUAAUCCGUCGUUUCGUCGAAGUCGCUCAGAAAAACCGGAAGUCGUACAUGGAGCUGCUCUUCUGGAAGACCAGCCGUGACGCGACAGAAAUCGUGGAUGGCUACAGCGCAGAAACGAGUAACAAGAAAGUUUCACGAGCAGUCUGGACCGAGGCGGAAGAGGACGAGCUACGUACCCUCUUCAUGGAACAUCAGACUAACAAAUACCCCCAGGACUUGAUCGACUGGUUGUUGGAACAUAUCAUCAACGAAGACAGGACGCGACGUACCGUCAUUAAGAAGCUCAGGGAGAUGUGCUUGGUCGUGAAUUCCAAGGGCGUGCGAGCCGAGGUACAAAAGAGGUUGCCCAAGGAGUGGUCUGAAGAAGAAACCGCCCAACUUACCGAACUUUGGACGCAGUUCAAAGACGACGACGACCCGGUGGAUUUGAUUUUCACCGGUCUUAGAAUAAAGCGGCCGAAGCCGAAGAUCAAGGAGAGGCUUUUGGAAUUAGGAUUGGCGCAGGAUCGCAAGGAGCUGCGCAAAAAGCGAGCCAGAAAAAGCAACCAGGGUAAAUCGUCGUGGGAAACGCAAGCUGCCAGUAAUUCUGACGGGAACGAAAGUUCAGCCACCGACGAAGACGAAGAAGAAACUCGAAAAUCCUCGAAGCGCGACGGCGGCGCGCCUCGACGGAGCGAGCCGACGAAAAAGAAGCAGCGAAACAGGAGGAAGCUACCGACGAUCGUUUACACGGAUGCACAAUUAUUCGGCCUCUUGAAGGACGUCAUCGACAGAAACAUGAGGGAGGCGCUGGAAUGGAUCAAGGAAUCCCUGCAAGAUAUCCUGGACGAUCGUGACGAGGAGAGCUUCGAAGGCAUACCCCUGGUGCCGCUGACAGAUUACUCGUCGGCCGCGAUGGAUUCGCCGAGUUUUCAAAAGCUCCUCCGUGCCAUGGGAUUUGUGCCACCGGCUGAUGCCCAGGAAUCUUAUUGGCGCGUCCCGGCGAAUAUGCUUACAACCACGAUUCAGAAACGUUACAAACUCAUUGGGGAUGUUUUAGCCGGUGAAUUUGUCGUCGCGGAUACGCAGGCGGAACUGCGCAGCAGAGAUCACUCCGACACCGACGAGAAGUUGAACGACAGCGAGGACGAUGCCGACGUGUUUGAAAAUGUUAAGAAGUUCUUCGCAACUAAAGAACCAGUGCCGUCAACUUCCAGACAAUCAGAACCGAUUGUCGAAACGCAAUUACAUAAAAAAUCCAAGGGGUCUCCGAUGCUGCACGAGGAAAACGACGAUGCCGAAGUUGUGGGAAAAAUCAGCGCAGAAAAUGCUGAGAGCAAAGCGAGAAGUCGUGCGAUCAUACUUGACGAUUCCUCCGAAUCCGAAAUGGAGAUCGAAAGGAACGUCGAUGAUAAAAACGAUAUCAGCCAAGUGGAAAGAAACACGUCCGAUUCUUCCGAUACGGCUGAACCGUUGAAGAAGAAACGUCGGUUACUCGACAGCGACGAUGAGACGGGAUCGCUGAGGGAUGAAAAUAUCGGGGAAAAGGGCGUUCGCAUGGUGAUCAGCGAUGACGAGGCGUCGACGUCCGACGUGCGAUCGGGACGACCUAAAUCAUCUCGCGUAAUAAUCAGCGACGAGGAAGAUUAGUCGCUUUCUAAUCUCAAUUAUUCGUUAUACAGUAGUUUCAGUUCGCUCAAACAUUUCAAGUCUAAUCUAACCACCGUUUCACACGCUUUUCAACUAUGAAAAAGUAAUAAGCCGGUGAUGAGAAAUCAAGCGAAUGUCGAUCGCAUUAUUAAUCAUCGAGAUCGCAAAAAUCUCACGAGAGACUUCAGAGCGCCCCGCUGUUUGCCCGAUAAUAUUUUCGGGAUCCCAUCGUUAUUAUCGUCCUGUUAGCUUCAGUUGGGAAGGUGAGACGCGUCGACGGCAAGGAAACCUCCGUGAACAGGUAUCGGCUUUACCUACCGGCGAAACCCGCGGGUAAACCCGGUUCAACAGCCGCGCGCUUGUGAACUUCGUCAAGGUCCCGCGUGUUCUCGUCGGUCGCGAUACGCCCUUACGGGCGAUCAGUCGCGCCCGGGGUACACUUCAGGGUGCCAAGAAAAACAGUUCCCGAAAGGCGUCCACAUUUCGCCAAGUAACGACGAAGAGAACAUGCGAGCGCGACUGGUGUGUGCGCGCAUCGUCGACGGCGCGGCUGCACCGCGGCCGGUCGGACGUCUCCUCGGCCGUAUGUUCCCCGGCUCCGCGGUUGGCCAAUGUGGAUGACUUUACGUCUUUUGAUGGGCAGGUGAGGAGUCUUGGCGAGUGUUAACGAUACGUACGUGUGCAUCGAGACGUAAUCGCGCGACGAAAGACCAGCCCUCGUCUUUUUCAAUAGCACCUUUGACGGCUAACGAUGACGCGCCGCCGACCGUCGGAGCAACGUGAAACGACGCGUAAUGUCGCCGCAAGGACUUCGCGAGCCGCGGAUACGCGACCAGGCGAUCAUGGCGGGCCAAGAAUCGUGAAAAACCUAGCCCGCCAACCUAGUCGCGAACAUAUUCUUACGUAUGACACAAUGCGCGAAGCUACACCUGGCUGUACGAAUUCCCGCGAACUCGGCGAGACGCGCGCGCACCUCGAGGAAAGCUGAUCGUCUCUCGCUUGCUCGACGAUAAGAGAUCACGUCUCGUUCCCUCGUACCUUCCCGAGGUUCUCGUUUCACUCGAGCGAUGCGAUAAAGGGCCGACGUGGCAAGCGAGAGAUGAGAUAAAUUAAAUCUGACAAAGUAAAAGUGUUAAUUAAUUUGAAUUAUCAACGGCGGUGAUGAGACGAAACAGGUGUAUCCUUUCGCCGCAUGCCCUUGUCAAGAUCCAACGGCGAGCACGUCGCUCCACGUCGCAACGUGGAGUGAUAAAAGCGCCGGCGUAAAUAUAUCGGCGAUCCUUCCAGGUGAAUAACAGUAACAGUUGAAGUUCGAUAUCACCGCUUGCGUCCAGGUACGAAACGCGAGAGCGUCGGACGUCGUCGUCGGUGGCCACGACGUCGUCGUAGCCACCGACGUCGAUCGAGUUCCCAUCUUCGUCACUAUAGACCGACCGAAUUCCAGAAGGGUGACCACGUGCAUUCUAAUCUCAACUUUUGCUUGCCAGGCACGCAUGUCGCUGCGAGAGGUGGACCGGAUCGCGGCGAGUCCACUCGCGAAUCAAUAUUCCUCAGAAGUGGCAUGUAGCGCCGUGAUAAGAUAACAUGCGUAGGAGCUAGUAGCCCGCGGCUUUCGUACUCUCAUGCUCCCCUGAUAGAAGCGCGGGCUCCUUAUACGGUUGUAGGUGGAUGGCAUCCUCUCUCUUUGUCCCCACUCGGCCGUACUCGCCCCCACCGUCUUUUUCCCGCCCCACGUUUCAGACCGGCAGAUUCAACGGCGGGGGGGGGGGGGGGGGNG